AACCAUGAACGAUAAUUUUAAACAAAGAUUGGAGAAUGAAAAUCGAUACCAAGACGAAAAGAAAAUUGGAGAAAAGAGACCAAUUCUGGAAUCGCCAAGUAAAUGGAGCGAGAUAGAAGAUGAAGAAGAAAGAAGCAAAGCUUUCAAUGAAAUGUAUAAGGAGAAGAGGCAAAGAGAGCAAUUGAUUUCUUUUUCACCAUCGGCAAUUUACGGAAUUGAAGAAGAUACAGAAGAGGAAGAGAUAGAGGAAAAAGAGGUAGAACCUGAAGCAUCACCAUCAAAGAAGAAAAGUGGAAAGAAAAAGAAAAAGAAGAA